GGUCGCGUCCUUGACCUCGCCGCCGCCGUGGCCGCCGUCCCCUUCGCGUCCUCCCCUUGCCCGAGCUCUCCGUGGGCGUCUUCAGCCGCUCUGGCUCCAACCCCUCGCUCCGCACACUGCCCCCGCCGGCCAGGGUUCAGGGACACACCCCUUCGGCCCGCGCGGCAGCCGGGAUGCCGGGCGCGCGGGCGCAGCGCUUCCUCCCUGCGCCCGGGGGGGGGCCUGUGGCUUCGUGGCUCGAGAAAGCCUCGGGACAAUAUGGGACGCUGGGGAGGGCCCGAGGGGCCGUCGAUCUGAGGCCGCCCGUCGCCCUCGUGCACCUCGCGCUCUGCACGGGCUACGCGCUGUUCGGCGGCGGCGCCAUCGUGGGCAAGUUCGGGGUGCACGGCUCCAACCCGAUUGUGUUCGAGCUCGCGAGAGAGCUCAUCAGCGCGUGCCUCCUGCUCGGGGCCGUGCGCCUCGCGGGGCGAGCGCCCCUCCCGGAGCGCGCGGACGUGCCCAGGGUGUUGCUCGGCGGCCUCGCCUUCUUCACGAACCAGGUCGCCUGGUUCGUCGGCCUGAAGCUGGCCGAUCCGGUCGUGGGAUCGGCGUGGCAGGCCCUCUUGCCGAUCGUGACCGCAGGACUCUCCGUCGCCAUGGGCCAGUCCAAGAUCCAGGCCACGCACGCUUUGGGCAUUGUUGUCGCCACGGGCGGUGCGAUUCUGAUGGUCGUGCUGGACAGCAGUGGCGGGCACGCUGGCGGGCAGGGGAGGGGCAGCUCCUGGGAUACGAGGCUUCUCAGCCACCUUCUCUUCUGCGUCGGCAUCUUUGGUACGUCUGCGUAUUUUCUGGUCGACGGCAGCCUCGGCAGCAAGUACUCUGCGCAUGCGACCGUGAUGUGGUCCAACAUGGUUGGCAGCGUGUUGUUGGUGAUCAGCGAGUGCUGGGCUCUCCGCUGCGCGCCCUUGAUGAACCUGCUGUGCUACAGCGGCAACGAAUUCCUUCAGGCGCAGUGCAUCACCCAGGGUUUGAGCAUCCCGAGGGAGAUCCUGGAACCGCUGGGCUACGAAGUGAUCAUCUGCACGCUUGUCGCGUGGCCUCUGCUAUCGUGGGCCAACCAGCAUACGGAUCCGUCUGUCACAACUGUUUACAUGAGCAUACACCCAGUGGCGUCCACCACCAUCUCGGCCUUCCUGGUUUGCUGGUAUGGUGUCGAGUGGGGUUUGCGGUAUGACAUGGGCCUACCGGGAUGCAAAGACCUCGGGGUGUUGUUGAUUGUCUGCGGAUUGUUGAUCACAUUCCGCAGCGACCAGGCGAGCAGGCAUUGUUCGGCAGUCAUUUCGAAGUGACUCCAGAUGAUUUGGAGGCUCAGCAGCCUCAAAGGGAAUUCAUCCAGCUGCCUCUGGCAAGCCCCGCAUUUGCGCCAGCGCAGCAAUUCAGCAGGGUAUUCAAACUAAGUCCCACUCCUUGUUUGCAGAUCCAUUAUAGUCCUCCCGUCCCCUCCGUCUCAUGAUUCCCCCCCUGGCUCCUGACUCUUCAAUACAUAUUGCGUCGUCACGGAGCUGUCUUGGGCGCGGUGGUCGGUGUUUCUACCGAGCCCUCCCGAGGAAGCUCGCUAGAGCCAUCUUUGGAACGACUCCUCUUGGAGCCUCUUGGUAACCUGAUGAGGUUCUCUUGGGGCCUUUGAAGAGUCUUUGAGCCUUGGUGGAUCUUGGUGGGGUAAUAUUGCGAGCACCCGGUCAGAUCUCGGGGCCGCCUUGGAGCUGGCUUUUGGUAGUCUUGGCUGACGGUGUUCAAGGUGUGGUCAUGGCAAGGGGGCUGCUUUCACGAAGUGUACAGAAGCCCUACCUGAAAGCGACAGGCACCCCAACACUCUCCAACGUGCCGAAAGCACGGUGGUGAAUAGGGAUUGAUGUUUUCCAAGAGCACAGGAGCAAUAAGCAUCAUCGUGUUAAUCCAUUUUUUCGUUUUGCCACAAUCGUCCAGUCAGUUCAUGCCCAUCUCUUCUAGUCGUCUAUCG